GAGUGCUGGACGCUCCCAGGCAGUAGGCGCAAAACCAGACCCGCUGUCUCUUUCGUCGCUACGCUGCACUUUUUAUUUUUUCCCCCAUAUACUCACGGAGCUAUUAACGUAUAGCAACAUAAGGAGGACACCGGGAUUUAUCUGAAUGGUUGCAUUUUGCAUGGUUUAUUUUCACUGAGAAGAGAAGACUCGCUCCUGAUUACGCACAGAUCCCGAAACGAUUCACUACUCCUUUCUGGAUAUUCCAACGUAUUGAAUGGGUCGGAGUGGGGCAGCCUCCUGAACGCACGGACUACAUGCGCUCCGGUAGCUACUAUCGGAAUAUAAACAGCGCUGUGGUUUCCAGGGCGACCCGACCUGAUUGUGCGUGUGUUUGAGGAGACGAACAGCGUGCCAAUAUCUACAGAGGGUGUCAGGGUGACCAUGCCCGGGAUGAUGGUGUCGUUCACCAGGGUAGCCUUGCUCUUCUUGUCCGGAUUGCUCCGUCCGCUCUGCGUGGUCAGGGCUUUCGGUGACGAGGUGGACGAGAUGACCUGCGACCCGAUCCGGAUCAGCAUGUGCCAGGGUCUGGGAUACAAUGUCACCAAGAUGCCCAAUCUGGUCGGCAACGUGCUACAGUCGGACGCGGAGCUGCAGCUGACCACGUUCACGCCGCUCAUCCAGUACGGCUGCUCCAGUCAGCUCAAGUUUUUCCUAUGCUCGGUUUAUGUGCCAAUGUGCACAGACAAGGUUCCCAUCCCCAUCGGCCCAUGUGGGAGCAUGUGCUUGUCUGUCAAGAGAAAGUGUCUCCCUGUGCUCCACGAGUUUGGCUUCAUAUGGCCUGAGGUGCUCAACUGCAGCCUCUUCCCACCGCAAAAUGACCACAACCACAUGUGCAUGGAGGGUCCAGGUGAUGAGGACCCUCCCUACCAGCCUGUCCGUCAUCCUCCCCACCAGGAGGAGUGUCAGGCCCUGGGAUCUGCUCCCGACCAGUAUACCUGGCUCAAACAGACCGAAAGCUGUACUCUCCAGUGUGGCUACGACAGCGGGCUCUAUCGGCGGGGGGCCAAAGUCUUCACAGAUGCAUGGAUGGCGGUGUGGGCUGUGCUGUGCUUCCUGUCUACCACUCUGACAGUCCUGACCUUUCUCUUGGAUUCCCAGCGCUUCUCCUACCCUGAAAGGCCCAUCAUCUUUCUCUCCAUGUGCUGUAAUCUGUACAGUGUUGCCUACCUGGUACGACUGACUCUUGGGAGAGAGCGUGUUUCCUGUGACCUGGAUGCCGCAGCCGUGCCAAUUCUGGUUCAAGAAGGAUUGAAGAGCACCGGCUGUGCCAUCGUCUUCCUCCUCCUCUACUUCUUUGGCAUGGCCUCCUCACUCUGGUGGGUGAUCCUGACCCUCACCUGGUUCUUGGCUGCUGGACUGAAGUGGGGCCACGAGGCGAUUGAAAUGCACAGCUCCUACUUUCACAUCGCUGCCUGGGCCAUCCCAGCUGUCAAAACCAUUGUCAUCCUCAUCAUGAGGCUGGUGGAUGCAGACGACCUGACUGGGCUGUGCUAUGUUGGCAACCAGCAGCAGGAGGCACUCACAGGCUUUGUGGUGGCCCCUUUGGCCACAUACCUCCUCAUAGGCACUCUGUUCAUCUGUGCCGGCCUUGUGGCUCUUUUCAAGAUCCGUUCCAAUCUGCAGAAGGAUGGUGCCAAAACAGACAAGCUUGAGCGCUUAAUGGUGAAGAUCGGAGUGUUUUCUGUUCUUUACACAGUCCCGGCAUCCACCGUCAUCGGCUGUUACUUCUACCAGCUCUCUCACUGGGGGCAGUUCAGGGCCAGUACCCAGGACUCAUAUGUGGCGUCAGAGAUGCUUCGAAUCUUCAUGUCGCUACUUGUUGGUAUCACAUCAGGCAUGUGGAUCUGGUCGGUGAAAACCCUCCACACCUGGCAGCGCUGCUCUGUCCGCCUACUCAGAGACAGCCGGACGAGCCGAGGGGGCAAAAGGGCACCAGGCGAGGGCUGGAUCAAACCAGGGAAAGGCAAUGAGACAGUGGUGUGAGGACAAAGAAAGAGAGACUGGACAGGAAUGGAGUUGUACCUCCUUCUUUCUCACAUACAGAAACUCUGCAAAACAAAGGACGGUGAGGGUCGAGAGAUGAAAGGGAGAUGAAAACAUGCCAGGGGUCAAUGUAGCAGGACUUUCUGAGAGAAGCCACUGGAUGCUACUGCAUCACAAGAGCUCCCUGACAGUCCCUGACUCUGUACCUCUAAGAGGGGUGAAGAAGGAGAGAAGAGGAAGAGGAGUCAAACAUCAGUGGCAACAGAAGCCUCUCUACCUCUGUUAGGAUUCAUUUGUCCAGGCAUUUGGACAAAGCAAAGAAAUGAGGAAAAAGAGAGACAGGAAAGGCAGAAGAGAAGCAUCAAUAUGCAGACCAGAGAUCAAUAAGCUGUGUAGCACCUCGCCUACCUCUCCGCCUCUCUUUUGUCCAGAGCCCACAGCAGAAAAGACUGAGUCUGCUGGACAUCAUGCCGCUGUCUUUUUGGGGUUUUAUGAAGAUUUCAUUUUUACACUGGAGCAGAUAUUAUACAGGUGUAGGCUGAGGUUUCCCAGUAGUAUCUGACACUUUGAGAGCUCAUGCUGAAAUGAAUUACGACACACCAAAACGACAGAAGAAAUGUAAUGAAAAGCUGAAACAGCGCCUUAUAUCUGCAAUGUUGAUGUUUUUUUUUAUCUGUGGUUGUUACACUUUUUGUUCAACUCAAAACAGCAGGUCAUUUUAUCUCUCUGAAUUGUUUGGGAACAGGCUCUAAGCUGUAAUAAUGCACUAUAGUUGAGAUAAUGUCUACCAGGACAGGUUGGAUGUCUUAUGAGCGCUGCUGAAAAAAGUGAUCACAUCUUACAAAUGUUGUGAAAGCGACAUGAUGUGAUUAUGACUUAUGUAGUAAUGCCUCAAUGACUCCUGGGAUGGAGGACCAGCUGUGCCUUUUAUUUAGACAUACAUUUGAAAGGGUCUGGGACAUGUAGGCCUUUGUGAAUCUCUGCUAAGGUCCACUGAUAUGCACAGACUUCCUGGAAACCCUGUGCUUUAUAUAUGCUCUUGAUUUACCAGGAAAUUGAAUUAGUCUCCCUGCCCUUUUCCAAACACUGAAUCCAAGGCAGGUUCAAGAAUUACAGGCUAUUAGACAAUCACUUGCCAAAAUACACUUUAUGCAACUGAAAAAGGUUGUCAUAGACAUACAGUACUGUGCGUAAAGUUUUGUGAUAAAAGCAAGAAACUGUCACCAGUAGUUUGAUAUGUCAGCUACCCAGUGUAGUAAACAGAAAAACAAUUAAUCAAAUCAAUAUUUGGUGUGACCACCCUUGGAAAGAGCACCGGGUUGUACAGUUCUUGAAGUGCUGUGCAGGUAGGUUGUUCCAAAGGUCUUGGAGAACUUGUACUGCUCUGAUGAGACAUACAAAAACCUCACAAUUUAAUUUUGUUUUACAUGUGAAGUUGUUUUACAUGUAAUAUUCAUUGCACUGCCCUGUGCACUGAAUAUGCAAGGGGAGAACAUUUACAGAAACAAAGCUAGAACAAAGGCAACUGAAAGUGAGCAGUGUUUUAUAAAACAUGACCUGGAUGAUUGAGAACCUGUACAGACAAGAAGGUUUUCCCCAACUUUAUUAUCACCGAAUACUUAUAAAAAAAGGUUGAAUUUUACGUGGUUAUUGGACACUCAAAUUUUAACAGCUUAUCAAUGGUUUACACCACCUCUCUCAGUGAGGGGGACUGAGUAAGUUGUUACAUGAGGCGUUUUUAUUGUGAUUAUCAGAGAAGUAUCAGUAUCUCUACAUGCAAUCCCAGAUUAGCUCCUGGCUGAAGCUGAUUCAGUGUUUGGAAACACAAAUCUUUGACCACUAUAAGGAGUAAAAGAACCACCAGUAAUAAGAGAGCAUAUCUGUCAACGUUUUCUUUUCUGUCCGUGUCUAUUAUAUUUUCCCCUUCUAAUGCCAUCACAGAAAAAUGAAACUGACACCAAUACUUAACAUGAUGCUCUCAGUGGUGUCCUGCCAGCCGGUGCUUUUUUUGCAUCUAAGGCUCAUUUCCCAGACAAUCAAGCCCUCCCUGGAAGAGAUUUUCAUACACCGCUGUGGACUGCGAAAUUUCAUGGCUGAAUUCCUUUAAUGUUCUCUUACAUUGCAUUUUAAUUGUAUAUUUCCAUCCACCCUGUUGAUCUAACAGUCUCUGGAUUCACCCUGUCUCUCUGCAGCGUUCACAGAAUAUUGAAGCCGUGUACCAUAUAUUUGCCUGACAAUCUAACAGAGCUCUUAAGUUUUGACAAGUCUUUUGUACAUGUAAUACAUGUGUGUCACAUUACGCCUUCAAUACUUGAGUCUUGAAUAAUAAUCUGAGCGACUGAAACUUAUACGUUUAUAAAAACGUAUUUUUGUCCUGUGUAUCAUAUGUACUCAGAUCUAUUUUUUAUCUUAAUGAUUACGAUGAGAUAGGAAAGUACAACUCUCUUUGCUUUCAGAGACACCUUCAGUGGUUCUGGUGAAACCUAGAACCCUGAAAAAAAUCUCAGACCAGCAUACCUUGGCACACUUAAAUUUCCACCUCCAAACAAACAUUACAUUCACUCAAAGUGAAUUAAAUUAACCUCUGACUGCCUCCCCUCUGAGCUAAUGCAGCUUUCCCCUUUAACCGCCUUAGUGUUUUGGCUGGCCUUUCUCUCAAGACCAUGCUGAGCUUCAGUUGACGUUUCCAAACAAUCACAUAAUGUGCCUUGACACGCAGCGAGUGUCUGUGUGUGUCAUGUAUAAUGAAGAUUGAGAACCACUGGUAAUAUAGAUUUGUAAACGCCUUUGAGAAAUCCAGAUAUGAAUAGUCCCAGCUGAGGUCUGUUCAGCCUUUAAGGUCUCCCCUUGUAGGAAACUCUUGACAUCAUUGUAUUAUAAUGAGAUUGCUAAUUUAUCCUUGUAAAAAAGUGAUAAAAUUUUUUUUAAAACUUGUUAUUUAAAUGACACUUUUGUAUCAGAAGAAGAUUAAUAAAAACUUUUUGGUUUCCAAUA